AUGUACUCACUUUUCAAUGGAGUAUUGUUGGUUUGCUCCAAGCAUUUGGAGCUGGGAGGGAAUGAGACUGAUAGGCUGGCCCUGCUAGCCAUCAAAGCUCAAAUAAAGCAAGAUCCUCAUAAUGUAACGAGCUCCUGGAAUGAAUCCAUUCACUUUUGCUCGUGGCACGGUGUCUCCUGCGGUCGACGCCAUCGCCAGAGGGUCACAAGGCUGGACCUCCGAUCUCAAAAGCUGGCAGGGUCCCUAUCCCCACACAUAGGAAACCUAAGUUUCCUAAGGGCACUAGAGCUCCGAAACAACAGCUUUAGUCAUGAAAUCCCUCCACAAAUUGGGCAUUUGCAUAGAUUGCAGGUGCCGGAUAUCCGAAAGCUUCAUAAUCUAUCCCUAUUCGUCAUUUAUAUGAAUCAUCUUGGAAGCGGUACAGAUGGUGAUUUGACUUUCGUCUCGGACUUGACCAAUGCCACAGAGUUAAGGCAAUUGCUUAUAUAUGACAACUAUUUUGGAGGAUCGUUGCCCACAUCAAUAUCCAACCUCUCGACCAAGCUUGAAGCGUUUUGGUUGUACGAAAACCAAGUACGUGGAAGCAUCCCGACAGACAUAGGGAAGUUGGUCAGCUUGGAAUCGUUGUUAAUGAAUCAAAAUCGACUCACCGGUAGCAUCCCCACUGAAAUUCAGAAGCUUUCAAGCCUUGUGGAAUUAGAUAUUUCCAUGAAUGCAUUAUCAGGAAGCAUUCCAUCCUCCUUAGGAAAUUUGACCAAGUUAUACAAACUCUUCUUACAAGGAAAUAAUCUUGAAGGCGUCAUCCCUUCAAGCUUGGGGAAUUUCCAGCGGUUGAUAGUAUUGGAUUUAUCUAAUAAUAAACUUAGCGGCGCAAUACCUCAACAAGUUAUCGGCCUCCCGUCCUUAUCACUGCUUUUGAACUUGUCGACGAACAACUUUACGGGUUCUCUUCCGAUGGAGGUUGGAAAGUUGAAGAGUCUAGGUGUACUGGACGUUUCUAAUAACAUGUUAUCCGGUGAACUUCCUAGUAGCCUUGGUUCAUGUGAGAGUUUAGAAGUUUUGCACUUGCAAGGCAACUUCUUCAAGGGGUCUAUUCCCUCAUCUAUGAUUGGGGUGAAAGCAAUAGAAGAAUUAGACCUUUCUCGCAACAAUUUGUCGGGUGAAAUUCCAAAAUUCUUAGGGGGCUUUGUCUUCUUGAAGAAACUAGACCUAUCAUUCAAUGAAUUUUGGGGAGCGGUACCAACUGGAGGAGGUGCUUUUAAAAAUGCAAGUGCGAUUUCAAUUACCGGCAACACCAAGCUCUGCGGGGGAAUUGCUGAUCUCCAACUGCCCAAGUGCAAGUCCCAAAAAGGAGGAUCAUCUCGUAGCUCGAAAUUAAUAAUCCCGUUAGUACUUUCCGGACUUGCUCUUCUUGGAAUAGUUAUGGUGAUGUCCUAUUUCUUCCUCUGUUCGUCAAGAAGAAAAAGGAAAGAGAUUCCGCUGAGCACAUUGGCGAACAAUUUUUUGCAAGUGUCAUAUGCUACUCUCCUAAGAGCUACUGACGAGUUCUCUUCGGCUAAUUUGAUUGGGGCAGGCAGUUUUGGGUCUGUGUACAAAGGAAUUCUUGAUGAUAAUGAUAAACAUCAACUUGUUGCUGUGAAGGUGUUCAACUUGUUACGCCAUGGAGCAUCGAAGAGUUUCAUGGCCGAAUGUGAGGCUUUAAGAAACAUCAAGCAUCGAAAUCUUGUCGAGAUUAUAACUGCGUGUUCAAGUGUUGACUUUCAUGGUAAUGACUUCAAGGCUCUGGUUUACAAGUACAUGGACAGAGGAAGCUUAGAGGAGUGGCUGCAUCCUCCUACUGAAAUUGAAGAGGUAAGAGAGGCACUCAAUCUAGAGCAAAGGCUAGACAUUGCGGUUGAUGUCGCUUGUACAUUGGAUUAUCUUCAUAAUCAUUGUGAAACACCGAUAGUUCAUUGUGAUCUCAAGCCAAGCAAUGUUCUUUUGGACAACGAGAUGACUGGACAUGUUUCUGACUUUGGCCUCGCAAGAUUUCUCUCCCAAGAAGCUGGUAUUAAUGUUUCCAACAAUCACACAAGUUCCAUUGGAAUAAAAGGAACAGUUGGUUAUGCUGCUCCAGAGUACGGUAUGGGAAGUGGGGUGUCAACAAAUGGAGAUGUCUACAGCUUUGGUAUUCUUCUGUUAGAGAUGUUCGUAGGAAAGCGACCCACCGACGACAUGUUUAAUGGGGACCUAAACCUUCAUACUUAUGUUAAAGUGGCUUUCCCUAAUCGAGUUAUGGAGAUUGUAGAUUCAACACUGUUUGAAGGAGGCACCAACGAGAGAAGGGUUCAAAAGAUUGAGGUAUGCUUGAAUUCAAUACUUAGAAUUGGAAUUGAAUGCUCUGCUGAUUCUCCAACGGAUCGUCUGAAGAAUAUCAGUGAUGUUGCAUCUGAGUUGCAUUCCAUUAGAGACGUUCUUCUUGGUUAG